AUGCUAAUAUUCUGUUCUCUCUCAAAUCUUAUAGAAGAAGGCUCAAUGACUGUAGGAAGCAGUCUCUCGAACUUUCUGAAAAUCGUAUCUUCGGACAACUCUAGUGUCAUCUUAGCUGCUCUCCUCUUCCUUCUCUUACUCGCCCUCUUAGUCUUUCUUCUUCAUUUCUACUCCUACUCCGACCAAGAGUUCUCCGCCGCUCAACGCCGUCGUAGAAGAAGAAGAACCGUUACAAGGACAACAAUCAUUACUCCUAUUCCACUAGGAGGUUUCUACGGUGGAGUUUCUGUUGAUGCAACAAGCGAUGACAAAGGUUUGGAUGCUUCAGUGAUUUCGUCCAUUCCUCUGUUCGUUUACGAAGAUGCUGACGAGAAAGAAGAGAAGGACGAGGAGUGUGUGAUACGUCUUGGUUUAUGGGAAGUGGGAGAUUUUGGAAGAAAGUUGAGAAUCUGCGGACAUGGGUUUCACGUUGAGUGUAUAGAUAUGUGGUUGUCUUCUCAUUCUACUUGCCCUCUCUGUCGAUCCCCUGUUCUCCCCGUCUCAGAUCAAGACAACCUCAAGCCGACCGCUAAUGGCGUGGAAGCAGAAGAAGUAGAGGUCAGAUUGCAACUGUUUCAAGCUGGCGGAGAAGAGAAUGUCUCCGUCGAUGAUCUCAAGACAGGAGUUGACGGCGUAGUCGGAGAAAGAGAGGUUAUAAUUGAAGUGUUAGAUGAGGAAAUCAACGUGGGAGGGAUCAGAGAUCAACGUCAUCAACAUCUAGUUCGUUGAAGAGGAUGUAGAAGUAGAUCGGAAUGUAGCAAGGUGUUGGAAGAUUCGUAUUCAUUACAUAUACUACUAUUUUUUUUUUAUAAAUCUUGUCACAGUUUUGGAAAUGGAAUAUGAAUGAUUUUUUUUUUGAUCAAACAACAGCUUUAUAAAUCAUUAGUCUCCAUAGCUGGAGAAAUUGUUUACAUCAAGAAACAACAAGGCCAAACCGGCUAAAACAUAUGCUGCUACCAUAGCAAAACAAAACAAUGAGAUAUAACACCAUAAGAUAGGAGCAAACAUAACACAUAAACAACACAUAAUGUCGCUGAGUAGUCCUCGAAACUCAACGCCAAUCGUGCUAAGAAGUGAAAUGAAGCUUUGGGAAUUAGAGAGCACAAGUACUGGUCUAACGCCCGAGAUUGAAACCACAACAGAAGCAGCUUUAACAAUCAGAAGUUCGGCAUCACAAGCAGAGGCGACAAAGCACCAAAUGGAUGAGCCUUUGAGCAAAACAAACAUGGAAGCAUACAUAAUCUUGGGCACACUACUCCCUGUAACAGAACCACUCAAACCGAAUGGAACAUAUGGGAGGCAAUCAUACUUCACAAAGGAUAAACAAUCCAGAAACACUGAAAAGAUAGAAACAACAAGUGUUUCCUUACGAAUCUGCCACAAGCGAUGAGGAAGCAACCUUAAACUAUUAUUUGACGGAGUGAAACCAGAAACUAGACUGCAUACUGCAGAGAAUCGCACAGAGGCGAGCGUACCGUAACAAGGCACGAGAGAACACUCAAAGGACAUCAUCGAAGCAAGCAAGAUAGAGACAGAAAGUUUCAAAUCUAUAACCUGCAGGGAUGUGUCCAGUAGAAGGAUUAAUGGUUCCAGUGAUGGCGGUGAACGAGAUCCGGUGGUGGGGGACAUGGUGAAAACAAGAGAAGGGUGAGCUUCAUGAUAAGAGGUGAUGGAGACAAAUCUGUCUACUGCAGUAAGGGGUCGUAUGAACACGACAAUAAGAAUCACCAAACCAACAUCUUUUAGGAGAAAAGUCUCUUUGAAGAUCUGGCUGCUCAAAUCUAUCUCUCUAAAAGUUUGAAUUUUUAGAUCUAGAUCUGAAAUGGUGAAAGUAAGGACAGGGACGCAAACAAAAGUGGAAGGGGUAGUAAACGCUGAAGUUAGGUCUGGUGGCUCUGGAGGGUCUGGCGGUUCCGGUGAGAAAACGCCGGUGACGGCGGCGGUCAUCAGAAGAAGAACGAAGGUAAGCUGCUCUCUCUCUCUCUCUCUCUCUCUCUCUCUCUCUCUCUCUCUCUCUCUCUCUCUCUCUCUCUCUCUCUCUUUUACUUUUAAUAUAGCUGACAAGUGGAAUAUGAAUGAUAUUUUAGAGUUCAAUCAAAGUAAAAUUUGCACAUCAAAUGAGAUGAGAGGUUGUUUCUGAAACUCUACUUUUUGAUUGCUUACUCUUUAUCAUUCUUUGUAUUUCUCAGACAUGACCCUGAAACUUCUCACAUUACUUCAAUCCAAUCAUCCCCUAAAGCUAAACUAUUCACUCUCAGUAAAAGAUAAUGUGCAUAUAGACAAAGUGUGGUCACGCAAUGGAAAACCAAAAAGAGGCAAUAAAUGGAUAGAAUUAGUGAUUACGUUGCUAAGCGUAUUAACCUGAACCAACUGUCUUAACCUGUAAGUCUUACACAUUUUAACUUCCUAGGCGUAUAUAAUGAAAAUGAAUGAUUGGGCCCUGUGACUAACACUAUGCUUCAAGAAGGUGUCACUGAAACUAUUAACCCAUUUUGGUGUUAUUUGAAAGUAUGUGUCUAGGUAGUUGCAUUGAAGGGAAAUGUUCAAGAAGUAGAGCUGAAGAUAAGGAGUUUAUGGGUGUUGAUAGAGAUGCUUUGAUGCAAGUGCUUAAACUAGAUAUAUCAAGAUAGCUAUGGGAGGGUGUGUCUGACCAAAUAUAUCAACAACAUACCGAAUGAGAAUGUUUGGUCUAAAAAGAUUUUUGGCUGUAUUCUUGAAACUCUGUGCACCAUCAGAGAUGUCCAUUAAUAGCAGAAGAAUUUGUUUUUUUAUGAGACUGAGAGAACAAAGACCUGAUCAAACUCUUUUUAGACCAAAGUUUUGGUAUCGGCCCGUAAUUUAGGCUAAAAGCUCUUCUUAAGGCCUAUUUAAAUCUUGAUCGGCUUUUCUUAAUCUUCUUGGUCUGGCACACAUUCUGCAUUUUUUUUUUCUUUCUUGAAUAUUAUCUCUUUCAGAAUCAUUCAGUCAUUAGGUCUAGUUGUAAAUAAGAAACUGCUAUUUUGUAAAAUAAUAGUGCAAUUUUGUAUUUUAGCUAAUUAUAUGUUUUCUUUUCUAUUUUUGCAGAAAUGAGUGUUUUGUUAACAAUUAUUUAUCGUUCCUACAUUUGCAAGAUUUUUUUUCUCUCUUCUUUGUUGUUGCUAUUUGUGCUAUUAGCAUCUACUAUUGUUGACCAACAAUACACAAAUCUAAGCUAUUUAGACAUUUACACCGCAUUUUUUAGGAUCUACUAUAUAGUUUACAUUUUUUAAAGAAACAACACUUACAUUACUCUUUGACAGCAAAUAAUCAUAUUCAAAGAAAAACAAAAGUUAGCUGCUAAUCACGUUCACAUGAGCUUGAUUGGUUUCUCUGCUACCACCCGCAAACGCAGCUUUUGCGGUUGGUAGCGGUUGACAGCGUUUCGAAACAAUCAUAAAAACCGCUACAAAUCGCUUCAAACCGCUCCGAACCUCUUCAAUUCAAAAGCUGGUUCCAGUUAGUGUUUGCGGUUGCGGGCGGUUGCGGGAAGAUAAUUUUUUUUUCUUUUUUUUAAAAACCAUAUAAAUACAAAAAUAAAAAUAAAAAUAAAUUUUUUAAAAUGGAAUUAUAAAAAUACUAAAAUAUAUCUAUUAUAUUUCAAUUAAUAUUAUAAAAUUUUAAAAUAAAAAUAUUUUCUAUAAUUUUAAAAUUUUAAAACUAUAACUUUGAAAAUAUAAUUUACAUAUUUAUUAUAAUAUUAUGAUUUUUGAUAUUUUUAUAAUUAUAUAAAAUGUAAAUAUUGUUAAUUUAUUAUUUAACCGCUGUUGUAUUUGGUAGCUAACCAGUCAUAAGACCAUGAUUAUCGGUGGUUUUUAAAGGGGUCCUUAAAGGAAAAUGGUGAUUUAAUUAAAUCCAAAAAAAAAUAAAGGGUAGUUAUCGAUCCUUAAUGGGGCACUUUGGUUACCGAUUUUAAGCGUGGUUUUUGAACCACGUGUCAGCCACACAGAAUUUUUAUUUUUUUUCUUUUUCUUUUCUUUUCUUUCUUUUCUUUUCUUUUCUCGUUGUUUCGUGUCUUCUCGUUUACUCCUUCACAUGACGACGACUCCGACGACUCUCUCGGUUGAGUCGACGUCUCCUCCGUAUCCUCAUUUGUUAUCGUUACCUUUGCGAAGGUCUUUUCGUUAAAGCUUCAAAAAGCGACGAUGGGUUUUGUUCAGCUCCUUCGAUCACUGAAUCAGACGAGAAGCCAAAACCCAUUUACUGGAAAAGUCACGAAUCCAACACUCUCUCCUUCACACCUUAAAGUUCAAUUCUUUUGGAUACAGAUUCGUCUCUUUUAUAAAAGGUUGUCCCUUUUUGUAUAUUUAGAUUAGUUUUCUCAUAUAAAUUUGAUACCGAGCAUUCUGCAUUUGGAUGUUUGUUGUAGUUGUUUAAGUGAUGAAAAGCUCGUGACUUUUGGUUUCUCUUGUCAAAGCUGAUCCACAGACCAAACCUAUGGAUUCUCCACAGCUCUUGUCAAAAUUUAUUAUUCAUCGUUGUUCUAGUUUUGGAGAAUUGAGUUUAUAUUUUUGUUCCUGCAGGUCAUUUAUCGGAUUAAGCUACCAGGACCUGCAAUACUAGGAGAGUUCUGUUGCCUGUUAACAAGAGAGGACUGUUACAUUCCCCAAAACCUGAUCUCUGUCAGAAAGUAUCAAGCUUUGAGCUUGAUGAUUCUCUAGUUCAUUGUGUUCUUCCAAAAUUUGAGGUAGAAGAUGGAGUAGUUCAAAGAGAGGAAGUUCGCAGAGAAUGUGGUAAAGGUUUCACUUCUUCUAAAGCUCUUUGUGGUCACAUGGCUUGUCACUUUGAGCGAGAGAAGAGGGUGUCAUGUUCUCAUUUUUUUCAGGUCAAGAAGAGUGUAAAGUCGUUAGUCAUCAGUCACGAACUUGUGUAGUAAUCACUUGUGCAAUGCUUACGUACUAACUCUUGUAAUUUGUAUUCUUGCAAACUCUUGUAGUCAUCAGUCAGGACUUGUAAAGCUUUGUGUCUAUAUAAACUUGUGAACUCUUGUAGUCUUGUGAACUCUUGUAGUCUUGUCUAUAUAAACUUUGUAUACCAAACUUUUAUUCACAACACAACACUCUUCUUCAUUCA